UACAGAAAAAUACAUCUGAAAAUAUAAAUAGGGAAAUGGAAAGGUGAAACAGGCAGUGGAAGGAUUUACAGGAAGUGCUUAAGUGUCAUCAGGUGAGCGAGACAGACAGAGAUGCACUUCAUCCCAAACGUCCAUGUCGUCUGCCGCUCUUAGGUGCAUGACUGUGCUGGCCAGGGAUCACCAUGGGAGCGCCAUGUCCCCACCAACAUGUCAUUGAUAAGAAUUUCAGCGCCAAGCUUCUAGCUGAGAAAAAGGAGAAGUGCUGUGAGUGGUGUGGUGCUGGAGGGUGUAGUCUACGGCUGUGUCUGUACUCAGGAUGCCUUCGGGUUGGGUGUGGGGAAGGCCAUGCCGACCACUCCACUCUACAUAAUGCCCAGUUCCCAGCCCACUGCAUCACCCUCAACCUCACCUCCCUCCGCUCUUGGUGCUACAUGUGUGAGAUGGAGGUGACAAGUUCAGUGCUGGCCAGCAUGACCAUCCCUCUGGGUCAGCAGCAUCAUCUGGGUGGACCAAUCAGUGCACCAGGUGUUGCAGUAGCUCAACCAAUCACACCCAGUCAAUCCAGUGCUGAGGAGGAUGAUGAAGAAGAAGAAGGAGAGGAAGUAAAAGCUAAAGGUCUUGUUGGGCUGCGCAACUUGGGGCUGACUUGCUACAUGAAUGCUGCACUUCAAGCCAUGAGCAAUACUGUCCCAUUGGCUCAGUUCAUGAUAGAGUGUCCAGCCUUUCUUCGGAAUGACAGGAAGACCCCAGGCUUAACAAGACCUUUCCAAAGACUUAUGAUAGAAAUGUGGCACAAGAAGAGACCAAGCUUUAUAACACCCUCGUUGCUUUAUCAUGGCUUUAAACAGCUGUACCCAAUGUUCAGAGGCUAUACACAGCAGGAUUCCCAAGAGUUCCUUCGUUACUUCAUGGAUCAGCUUCAUGAAGAGCUUCGGGAGCCUUUGGUUGUUUCCCAUGAAGAUGAUCAUGAGGGUGAUAUGGAGGAGGAAGAUUUGUCUGCUGAGAGUCUUUCUGAAAGGGAAGACUCCCAAUCUGAAGCAGAGUAUGAGACCUGUGACUCAGGGGUGUCAGAGCAGUCCUCUGGCUCAUCAGACCACUAUCCCAGUAAACGCAAGAAACGGCACCAUGCAACCAUUGAUGUGGAGACUGGCAUUGCCACUCACAGAAGUCACAAUAGGUACUUUUCUUCUUGUCCACAUUGGAAGAGUCUUUUCCUUCCUGAUCAUGAGAGUCCAGAGUUCUCUGAUGCAGUGUCAGACACCACUCUACUGGACUCAGACUCUGCUGGUGGAAUGUCAUCCUCAGCCUCCCCACAGGUGCACUCCUCCUCCACCAGUGGCUUAGGCUCCAGCAAACCUUCUAUAUCAUCCCUGUCCUCAUCUUUCAAAGGUAAACCUUGUGGCACCCCAGGGCGGAGAAGAAAACCCCCAACUUACCGCAGUGUGAUCUCUGAUGUCUUUGAUGGGACCAUUGUGAGCUCAGUUCAAUGUUUAACUUGUAACACGAUAUCCUCAAGGAAAGAAACAUUCCAGGACCUAAGUUUACCAAUUCCCAGUAGUGACCAACUCAGUAUCCUGCAACACUCCUCAGCCUCACAGUUGCAGCAAGUGGCUGGCAGUAGUGUCAGCAGCAGCAGCCUUCACCUAGCCAAGACUUCUUGUGAUACAGCAACAGAUGGAUGGAUGUGGUGGCUAUGGAUGUGGUUGAGGUCUUGGCUGUGGGGCCCAGCAGUGUCUCUCCAUCAUUGCUUGGCUGCUUUCUUCAGUGCAGAUGAACUCAAAGGAGACAAUAUGUACUCGUGUGAGAAGUGUGGCAAGUUACGAAAUGGUGUUAAGUAUUCCAAAGUGCUACAGUUACCUGAAGUGUUGAUUGUUCACCUGAAGCGUUUCAGGCAUGAAACCAUGUUCAGCUCCAAGAUCAGCCAGUAUGUUUCAUUCCCUCUGCAUGGACUGGAUCUAACCCAGUUCUUACACAAGGAUUGCAGUUCAGAGGUAGUAACUUAUGAUUUGUAUGGCAUCAUUUGCCACCAUGGAACUGCUGGAGGUGGUCAUUAUACUGCCUAUUGCCAGAAUUGGAGUAACCAUCGCUGGUAUGAGUUUGAUGAUCAGUAUGUUACUGAGGUGUCCUCAGAGACAGUAGCCAAAUGUGAGGCCUAUGUUCUGUUUUACAAAAAGGCCAGCCCAGAAAUGGCUGCAAGACGGCAACGGACUGUAGAACUCAUGCAGGUGUCAUCUCGAGAGCCCUCAUUGAUGCAGUUCUACAUCUCCAAGCAGUGGGUUAAUAAGUUCAACACAUUCUCAGAGCCUGGACCCAUCAAUAAUUAUGACUUUUUGUGUCCUCAUGGUGGAGUACAACCACAAAAGGCCAAUCAUGUGGGAGAUUUGGUGAUGCUGUUGAAUCAAGGGGUGUGGGAGUAUCUCCACCAAGUAUUUGGGGGUGGACCAGCUUGCACCCGACUCUAUGAGUGUGUCACCUGCCGGGCAGAACUGGAUGCGCUAUCACGGCGCCAAACUAGUGAACUUGAAAUGUUCCUUAUGCUGAAAAAAAUGUUCCAAGAGGAGGAGCAUCCCAACAUUGUAGCCAUCUCCAUGCGAUGGUUCCGCACCUGGGAGAGUUUUGUGAGGGGAAGAGAGCAGGAGCCUCCAGGACCUAUUGACAACUCCUCUAUAUGUACGAGUAAGACAGGCCAGCCAGUGCUAAAGCCAGGCUCUGAUUAUGCCCAGAUCUCAGAGGAAAUGUGGCACUUUUUCUACAAGACCUAUGGAGGGGGCCCAGAGUUGUGGGUGAUGUAUGGGAACCCACACAGUUCUGCCAGGCGGAUUGAGAAAAUGGAAGGAGUGCGGCAAGAAGCUCAGAAACAAGAGCCACUGCAAUCAGAGUCACGAUCCCUGAGUACGGAAAACCUUCCCCACACCAGUACUUGUACUAGUCGACAGAGAACAGUUUCUGCUGGGGAGCAGGUUAUGAGAGCCUCUCCUCCAACACUUACAAAACAAGAGGAGAGCGAUGCUGAACCUCUGGCCUCCCCACAACCCACCAAUGACACUGCCACUACUGAGAUGAAAGAGGAGAAUGAGGAAGCACAGUCAAGCUGUACAGGUGAAGAAGUUCUAGCUAUUUAAAAAGAAAAGGCAGAUAAUGCACAAGGAAAAUUAAUUGAUGUCAGAGAAAAACAAGGGAGCAAAUCAGACUUCAAAAGAAACCAUAAGCAAGACUGCAUGAAGAAGGUACUGUUGCAAAGGCUAAACCAUCUAAUCUUCAACCAGAACCAGAACUAGAAUCAGCAGUCCUUCUUAGUGUCAUGUCAUAACUCUCUUGGUAUUGAUUAUGGAAUAAGUUAUGCUGAGUUUAGUUUGGCUUGACUCUGUUUAGUCAUUAUGAUGCUGACUAAAAAUUUUGCAGAUAUUUUGUUGCCUUGUGCCAGUUAUGUGAAAUGCUUGCUUAUAUAAUGCCAAUCUUUGGAGGUUUUACCAUAUGUGUGUAUAUAUUUAUAUAUAUACAUUAUAUUGGUGUAGCCAGGGAGGAAAUUCUCCUGAAAAGCAUGCAAGAUUGAAUGCUACUGCUACAUUAGCAUUUUUAAGCUUUUGGUGGGUUUUCUCUGUCUGACUCUGUUGUGCUGAUCAAUCAGUGGCCAGUGACCUGCUAUCCCCAAGCUGUGCUGCUUCCACAAAUCAGUGUGUCUUCCCCAUCUAACUCUGCUAUGCCCUGCCAACAAGUGUUUACUAAAGCCACCACCACUUGGUCUGAGGAUCAGCAGUGAAACAUGAAAUGUUACCUACAAUUUUUGAACACUCCUAAGAUCCCUAUCCACUGACAAAAGAGAACUUGUUAAACAAAUGGAGAUCUGGCAAAAAUUUAACAGUGCUGAGAUAACAGUAGUGUUCAAUCUUGUAUGUUUACAAGAUAAUAUAUAUGUGUGUGUUUGUUUAUAUAUAUAUAUAUAUAUAUAUAUAUAUAUAUAUAUAUA